AUGCCGAGCUGCUCCCUGAGGUUCCAGCCCUGUGAGCACACAAACACCCUCCUGGCCCUUUGGGAUUGCUGUUCCAGCAACCUGUGUCCCCUUCCAGGGGGCCACGAGGCACCACAGGCAGGUUAUGGAGCUGUGCUGUGCCUGUCCCCUGCGAGGACCCCACUGGGGGCUCAGCACCACUCGGGCACUGUGGGGCUGCCAGCAGGACCACCCCCUGCCCAGGGCAGUCCCUCACCCUCCCAAACCCUGCCCCGUGUCCCCCCUGUGCUCUUGGCUGGGAUUGAGCAGGAAAACUGUUGUCUUGUCGCUGCAGCAAUCCAUGAACAUGCCUUCAUUGUGUUCAUCUCGUCGGCCCUGGGCCACAUGCUGCUCACCUGCAUCCUCUGGAGGAUGACUAAGAAACACACAGUAAGUCCCGAGGAGCGCAAGUCGUACAAGUGGAAGCAGCUGCUCUUCUUCUUCACCUUCAUCACGUUCGCGUUCGCCGUGUGUGUGUAUUUCCACCACAACUGGUACUGCGGCCCCGGAGUGUACACCGUGUUCGCCUUCCUGGAGUACCUGGUUGUCCUCUCCAACAUGGCCUUCCACAUGACUGCCUUCUGGGACUUCGGCAACAAGGAGCUGGUGGUGAGCUCGCUGCUGGAGGACAAGCACUUCUAGCCAGCCCCGCUGCUGGGGGCUGCUCCUCCUGGGGCAGGCAGGGAGCCCCUUCCCUCUCCUGCCGGGGCAGGGGGUUUGCUGUGAACUGCUGCAAGGAUCCUCCCGGGGAUCCUCCCGGGAUCCUGGGCCCCCCCGGGAUCCUCCCGGGAUCCUGGCAUGGUCCCUGGCUGUGCCUGCAGCCCUCACAUGGUGGAGCUGGGGGCUCUUCCCAGGGCCCCCCUGCUCUGGCUCCCUGCCAGCUGUGGGAGGGCAGGACGGAGCAGGGACAGGGCCCUGUUUCCUUGGGGGAUGCUCCGGGCAGAGCGGGAUUCUGCUCCUGGCAUCGGGGCGUGGGGGGCCGGCCCUGCCCUGCUUGGCCUGGGGGGGUCUUGUGGUUCCUCCCCCAGGCUGGGGGUCUGGGGACAAGCCCUCAGAAAGGGCUGGUGGCCUUUUGGGCUGGCUCUGGGCGCUGCUCUCCCAUGGGACUGGGGCAGGAUCCCGGCCCAUCCGUGCCUGAGUUCCUGGGAGGGGAGCAGGGAGGUGCCAGCCGUGCAGGGACUGCAGGGAGCGAGGCACUGAGGGCAUGGCAGGUGUGGGAGCACCCACACUCUCCUUCCUGCCUUUCCCAGAAACCCCCCCCCAGCAGCACAGGCUGCUCCCAGGGGGGCUGUGCCCCAGUUCCAGCCCAGUUUGGGGAGGAAGGGCAGGGGGGCUGGUGCUGGAGGUCCCUGCUCCGAUAUCCACGUGGAUUCCCCUGUGCUGUGGGGCUGGAGCUGGGAACUGCUGGGGUCCAGCAGCGUCCCCCGUGCGUGGGCUCUGGCUGCAAGGGCACUGUGGGCACGGCAGGGUGGGAGCUGGGGGCUGGCAGGAUCCCCAGGCUCCUCCUGGCAGCGCUGCUGGAAGGGGCACCUGGAGCUGACGUGUUUUUGGGGAGCUCUGCGCUUGUCAGGGCUCGUCCCACCCCACACCCAGCCGGGAAGGACUGGCAAGGGUCCCUCCCUGCCCUUCCCCACCAAGAGUCCCCCGGGAUGUCCCGGUGCUCAUCCCUGUGCUCCCAGGGCUGGGCAGAGCCUCCUGCAGCAGGAGCUGUGGGGCCCUGGCUGAGCCGGGGCCGGGCUGGCUCUGGGUGCUGCCCUGUGUGCAUCGCUGGUGUCCCCACCCGUGGGCCCCAUCCAUGGGCCCCAUCCGUGUCCCUGCAUGCUGUGACGCGCUGCCCCCUCAGCGCCGUGGCUUUGGGUGGAAAUAAAGCACUGGGUAUUUUUGUGA